CCGCCGUGGCUGCCAAGGGACCGUCGCCGUCUCGUCGCCUCAGCGCAGCUGUCUGGGCCCGGCCCGCGCCGCCGCCCGCCUUCCCCUCCUUCUCUAGCCGGGCCUGCGGGAUGUUCAUUUUAAAGAUUCUGUGAAGAUGAAAAGGGAUAUCUUAUGGUUUUACGAAAUAUAAAGCAAUACUGUCUGACAUGACGGCUAAAAAUGUUGGUGUGACUUCCACAAAUGGAGACUUGAAAGGAUUUAUAGAUCAGAACCAGAGUCCAACAAAAGAGAAACAAGCAGUUUCUGAAGAUGUUUUCAGAUACAGAUCUGCCUUUUGGAAAAUUUACACAGAACAAGAAAACAUCCUUGCCUCAAAUUGUAAUAUUUCAGUAAUUACAUUGCCAGUUUCCAGCACCAACUCUCCGACUAAGAUAUUGCCAAAAACCUUAGGACCAAUCAAUGUGAAUGUUGGACCCCAAAUGAUCAUAAGCACGCCACAAAGACUGACCAAUUCAGGGAGUGUUCUGAUUGGGAGUCCAUAUAACCCAGCUCCAACAAUGGUCACACAGACACACAUCACAGAAGCUUCUGGCUGGGUCCCAGGGGAGCGAAAACGGACUCAAGAAAUUAUAGAGUCAGAUUUUUCAGAAAGUAAGAGAAGCAAAAAAGGAGAUAAAAAUGGGAAAGGUCUGAGGCAUUUUUCAAUGAAAGUUUGUGAAAAAGUUCAGCGUAAAGGAACAACUUCAUACAAUGAAGUGGCUGAUGAGCUGGUGUCAGAGUUCACAAAUUCCAACACCCACUUGGCUGCAGACUCGCAGGCUUAUGAUCAGAAAAAUAUUAGACGGAGAGUUUACGAUGCCCUCAACGUCCUGAUGGCAAUGAACAUCAUUUCAAAGGAGAAGAAGGAAAUCAGAUGGAUUGGCCUUCCUACAAACUCAGCUCAGGAAUGUCAGAAUUUAGAGAUAGAAAAACAGAAGCGGAUUGAAAGGAUAAAACAGAAGCGAGCCCAACUGCAAGAACUGCUGCUGCAGCAAAUAGCAUUUAAAAACUUGGUACAAAGAAAUCAGCAAAAUGAACAGCAAAAUCAAGGCCCUCCAUCUUUGAACUCCACAAUUCAGCUGCCCUUCUUAAUAGUCAACACUAGCAAAAGAACAAUUAUAGACUGCAGCAUAUCAAGUGACAAAUUUGAAUACCUCUUUAAUUUCGAUAACACUUUCGAGAUUCAUGAUGACAGUGAGGUGCUGAAGAGAAUGGGAAUGUCCUUUGGGCUCGAAGCAGGCAAGUGCUCAGCUGAGGACCUAAGAACUGCAAAAUCACUGGUGCCAAAAGCUUUAGAAGGCUAUAUCACAGAUAUGUCUGCAGGAUUUUCAUGGAUAAACCAAGGGUUACUUUCAAGUUCAGCACAAGCAGUUUCACACUUAGAGGCAGCUGGAGGCACUUGCAAUGCUAAAUCAAGUGAGAAUGCAGGGUUGUGUCUGGAUGCUGAAGUGGCCUUAGCAACUGGGCAGCUCAUUGCCCUGAGCAGUCAGCAGUCCAGCAGCGCAGCCUCCCGGGGGGAAACGCCCUGCUCCUUCAACGAUGAAGAUGAAGAGGAUGAAGAUGAGGAUUCUUCCUCCCCAGAAUGAGGAUAGUAGAAAAUGGAAUAUACAAAAUGCUGCUCAAAUAUUCUUAAUGUUUGGAUUUUACUGGUUUCUUGCCUUGUUUUGCACUGUGUUCAGUGAAGCAAAACGGACGCUUCAAAAUCAACUUAUUCAUAACUGAAAAACUUUUUGUAACUGAACACAGAGUGACACUUAGAGACAGAGCAAAGUGGGUUUUAUCAGCUAAAACCGAGGAAAAGAACAAAGUUCUUGGAGAUUUGGCAAAGCAAAACCCAAGUUUACCUUUUCCAUUUUGGGACUUAAGUCUCUGCCUUCCCCUUGUCUUUACCAGAUGGAGAAGAAAACAGAGUCAGUCAGCAGAUGCCAGUUCUUGCAUUGUCUUUUGGUUGUGCUGCCUUUAGAUAAAGGGGGAGGAAGAGCACAUGCAAAUGCGCUAAAAAAGCUAUUUAAAACUAUCUUAUAUGAAAAUGGUUAUAGGGAAAAGGGGCUGCUAAAAUGUUUGCUUUUUUUCUGUUCAACUUGCUGUAUAGAAGAUUCUUAAAGUAAUACAGAUUGCAAGUGAUUAAAUGGAUCUUGAAAUAGUUUAAAUCCAUUUUAGAUACUCUAAAAGUAACAGUAUAAAAGGUUCGUAUGUUCAUUUAUACUGCAGACCUAAUUUAUUAUAAAUAAGUGAUUAUUCUUAGCCAUUAUUAAAACAGUCAGGAAAAAAAACCAGUAUUCUCUGCACCAGCUUUUUUAAGGAAAACAAGUAAAAAAAAUUGUAUUUCUAGAUUACAAUGUAUCCAGUGUAGCUUCUUCUUUACUGUUCUAACUUUAUAUAAUCCCUUUGAUGUUAGAGCAUGUGUUGGAUUUUUUUCAAAAAAGCCUCCCACCAUGUUAAGGCUCUCAGGCAGCGUGUUUUCAAGGCAGUGUUUUCAAAUGCGGGCUGGGUAGGUCACAUAACUUUUUUUAAAGUCAUAGGCUGAGGUUCUUAGGAAAAAAAUAAAAUUUCAACAAUAUGUCAUUUCA